CUCACUCUCCAUCUACUGCCAAGACUUCGAGCCCGAGAACGCCAUGGAUUGGAAAAUGCUUCCUGCGUGUUUGCUGCUACUCAUUUCUCUCUUCUGGAUUCAACAAGCUGCUUCCCAAGAUUUGUCAAGCUGUGCAGGGAGAUGUGGGGAAGGGUACUCUAGAGACGCCCCCUGCAACUGUGACUAUAAUUGCCAACACUACAUGGAGUGCUGUCCGGACUUCAAGAAAGUCUGCACUGUCGAGCUGUCCUGCAAGGGCCGCUGCUUCGAGUCCUUCGCCCGCGGCCGGGAGUGCGACUGCGACGCGCAGUGCAAGACGUUCGGCAAGUGCUGCCCCGACUACAAAGACUUCUGCGAGGAAGUGCAUAACCCCACAGCCCCGCCGUCCCCCAAGACGCCGCCGGAAACGCCUCCAAUCGUGAAAUCCACCUCCAAACGCUCACCCAAAACGCCCAAGAAGAAGACUAAGAAAGUGCUAGAAUCAGAGGAGAUAUUGGAAGAACAUUCUGUUUCUGAAAACCAGGAGUCCUCCUCCUCCUCUUCCUCUUCCUCUUCAACUAUUCGGAAAGUCAAGUCUUCCAAAAAUUCAGCCGCUAAUAGAGAAUUAAAGAAGAACCCCAAAGCCGAAGAGAAGAAAACUCCGGAGAAGAAGCCCCCUCCGGAGAAACCCACUGGGGAUGAAGCUGGCAGCGGGCUGGACAACGUCCCCCCAACUCCUGGCAAAGUGACGCCCCCCGCCCCCAAGCCCACAGCCGAGAAGCCGGCAGACGCCAAACCCACCCCCCCGCCUGAUGCAGCUGAAGAAAUAUCCUUGACGGAGACCAAGGUGGAGACCGAGGAGAAGUCCACGGCCAAGAAGGAGACGUCGGCCAGCAAGACAGAGAAGAAGACCUCGGCCAAGGAGACGCGGAGCGCGGACAAGGACCCCGAGGCCCCCACGGAGCCCGUGCCCGAGGCUGGGACCACAACCAAGCCCCCAGCACCCACCACCAGCAAAGAACCAGAACCAACCACCCCCAAAAAACCAGAACCCACAACCCCUAAAGAACCGGAACCCACCACCCCCAAAGAACCAGAACCAACCACGCCCAAAGAACCGGAACCCACCACCCCCAAAGAACCAGAACCAACCACGCCCAAAGAACCGGAACCCACCACCCCCAAAGAACCAGAACCAACAACCCCCAAAGAACCAGAACCUACAACUCCCAAAGAACCAGAACCUACAACCCCCAAAGAACCAGAACCAACCACGCCCAAAGAACCAGAACCUACAACCCCUAAAAAACCAGAACCUACAACCCCCAAAGAACCAGAACCAACAACCCCCAAAGAACCAGAACCUACAACUCCCAAAGAACCAGAACCUACAACCCCCAAAGAACCAGAACCAACCACGCCCAAAGAACCAGAACCUACAACCCCUAAAAAACCAGAACCUACAACCCCCAAAGAACCAGAACCAACAACCCCCAAAGAACCAGAACCAACCACUCCCAAAGAACCAGAACCAACAACCACCAAAGAACCAGAACCCACAACCCCUAAAAAACCAGAACCAACAACCCCCAAAGAACCAGAACCAACAACCCCCAAAGAACCAGAACCAACAACCCCCAAAGAACCAGAACCAACCACUCCCAAGGAACCAGAACCAACCACUCCCAAAGAACCAGAACCAACCACCCCUAAAGAACCAAAACCAACCACUCCCAAAGAAUUAGAACCAACCACCCCUAAAGAACCAGAACCAACCACCCCUAAAGAACCAGAACCAACCACUCCCAAAGAACCAGAACCAACAACCCCCAAAGAACCAGAACCCACAACCCCUAAAAAACCAGAACCAACAACCCCCAAAGAACCAGAACCAACCACCCCCAAAAAGCCAGAACCCACCACUCCCAAAGAACCAGAACCAACAACCCCCAAAGAGCCAGAACCCACCACCCCCUCUCCAGCUGCCCCUACCCCGAAGGGCCCCCCGGAGCCGACCGAAGCCGUGGACAAGCCCGAGGACCCCACGCCCGCGCCUGAAGACCCAGCCGACGAACCAGAGACCACAACGCUGAAGCCCAAGAAGCCCACCAAGGCCCCCAGGAAGCCGGGGGCCACCAGGAAGCCCAGGAGGAAGAGACCAAAGACCACCCCUGCCGCUGUGAAGACCACCACUGCCAGCACCACGCCUGCUGAGCUGCCCACAACACCCAGCACCACGCCGGCCGAGAUAACCACCACCCCCAGCACCACACCGGCCGAGAUAACCACCACCCCCAGCACCACACCGGCCGAGCUGCCCACCAUCCUGGCCCCCACGCCUGCUGUGGACAGUGCACCCAGCAGUGAGGAUGAGGCCGUGGCCCCCGGUGGCCCUGUGCUGUCACCCAUCGGCGCAGCAGGGAGUGGUCUCAUAGGGCGAGUCCCCGUCAACCCCAUGCUCGCAGACGAGACCAAUCUGUGCAACGGCCAGCCCGUGGACGCCCUGACCACCCUGCGCAAUGGGACUCUGGUGGCCUUCCGAGGUCAUUACUUCUGGAUGCUGCGGCCCCAAAGUCCCCCCUCCCCGGCCCGGAGGAUCACGGAGGUCUGGGGUAUCCCCUCCCCCAUAGACACUGCUUUCACCAGGUGCAACUGUGACGGGAAAACUUACUUCUUUAAGGACUCUCAGUACUGGCGAUUCACCAAUGAUGUCAGAGACCCAGGGUACCCCAAGCCCAUCUCGAAAGGGUUUGGAGGGCUUAACGGGAAGAUCGUGGCCGCGCUCUCGGUGGCGAGAUACAAGAACAGACCUGAAUCCGUGUAUUUCUUCAAGAGAGGCGGCGGCGUCCAGCAGUACACGUACAAACAGGAGCCUGUCAGCAAGUGCUCGCGGAGAAGGGCCCCCGUCAACUACUCGGUGUACGGGCAGAUGGCCCAGGUCCGGAGGCGGCGCUUUGAGAGGGCCCUCGUCCCAGCCCAGACCCACACCAUUAGGAUCCACUACGCCCCCGCGCGCGUCACUUACCAGGACAAAGGCUUCCUCCAUAAUGAAGUCAAACUGAGCAGCCUGUGGAGAGGGCUCCCCUCGGCCGUGACCUCUGCCGUGGCCCUGCCCAGCCUGAGGCAGCCGGACGGCUACAACUACUACGCCUUCUCCAAGGAUCAAUCCUACAACAUUGACCUGGCCAGCCGGACGGCGCGCGCCGUCGUCACCCGCCCCGGGCAGACGCUCUCCAAGGCCUGGUACAACUGUCCCUGAGCCCUCAGGCAGGGAGAGGCGGCUUGGCGGCUACGGAGGAAGGAGGAAAAGGAAGAUUAAAAAAAAAAGAAAAAAGGAUCCCAUGUCUGACACUGAAACAUGUUUUAUUAAUAAAGGGUGUUGAUGAGAUGAGCAAACGGGGUUAAAUAG